AAGUCGCUUAAAUAUCUACUGUUUGUACUUAACAGGUAAACACUUCAAUAUUAUAUAUCCUGGGUAUAUGUUGAAGAUAGUAGAUAUAGAUCCCCUACCAGCGUACCUCAUCACUGAGAACAUAUCUGAGUGGUACAAGGAAACAUAUGAAAAUCACUAUGAGGAAAACGUGUACGCAAAACACACUGGUAGGAAAGAAUCUGCGCCAAAAUAUAAAUAUGAACAGGCUAAAAAAAUAAUACAAAAAGCUCAAAACUUAUCAGAUAAGGCGGUAGCUCAUAUUCUGGACCGCUAUUUGGAGCCAGCUGGAGAUGGCCUAUACAGAUUCACAUACGAUCAACGAAUGAAAAUUUUUUUCAAGAUGCCGAUAAAACCUAACGAUUUGAAAGAGAUGUAUACAGCCAGUGCUACCCCUACACUAGCGAUUUUUUCAACACAGACUAUAGACAAAGAAUAUUAUAAAAAAACACCAUUCGCAAUGGACGAACACGCUUGGCCGAACAGAAAUUACAGAUAUAAAAUCGUUGAGGGUGGACACGACGUUUAUCUCGAAAACCCAGACUGCAUGGCCGAGGACAUUUCGAAUUUUUUAUUAGAUUGUAUGUCGAAAUUGUGAAUGUAUUUUCAAAUAAAUUGUUGAUAAGUUGAA